AUGCAGCCCUACCUGCCCGCCGGCCGCCCGCUGCUCCCGGCGGCCCCCACGGGGAGGGACCCCGUGGCUGAGGGGAGCCUGCUGGUACCUGAGGGGAGCCCGCCGGCGCCCGAGAGGAGACCCCCGAUGCCCGAGAGCAGCCCCCCGGUGCCUGAGGGGAGCCCCCCGGUCCCGCUCUCCGGCCCCCAGCGGGGCAGCUUCCCCCGACGCCCUCCCCCAGCUCCCCGGCCGGCCGUGGGGAGCCCGCCCCGUCCUCUCAGCCCGCAGAGGCUCCAUCCAGCCCCCGAGCCGCCCUGGGUGCCCCCGGCACCCCGCGACACGGCCCCGGCCCCACAGGAGGAAGGGGCGGCAAAGGGACCCCCCUCACAGCCGUACGCCCGGCAGGGCAGGAGCACGGAAAACUCCUCUUCCACUCCGCGCUCCCGCCAAACAAAACUUGCCAGGGGGCGGCCGCCACCUCCCCACGAACCGCCACCUUCCCUGCCCGCUCUGACACGGCCCAACUUCCCGAAACCUUCCCAAAAAAAUCCCCCCCCCCCACGCCCAGUCAAGGGCAAACGGCCGGGCGGCGGGACCGGGCGGCCCCCACGGCUCCGCGCCCGCCGCCGGGCGGAUCGGAGCGGCAGCCGGCCGGUGCCACUCACCUUCCCGCGCCUCCGCCUUAUCCCUUCGCUCGCGGGCUGCAACUUCCAGUCUUUCCCACAACUGCCAUCUUCCACCAGAGCGCCGGGGGAAGGAGCGGAGCGGGGAGGAAAAGUUGCGGCGACGGCGGCUGCCGCGGGGAUUAGGUGGCCAUAG